GACGGGGAGCAGCAGUGUGCGUAUCCGAGUUUAGUGCGCUUGGGUCGGCUGAGCCAGGCUGAGAUUGAGGCGGCUCUUCGUGCGUUCAGCGGGGAUGCGAGCAUCUCUUCCCUAUUCCAAAGCUACGUGCUUCGUUCUGAUCUCUUUCCUCCAGCAGAACGUAUCUGCAUCUGAAAUAAGACCGCAAGCAUAAACGACAGGAGUGCAUAGAGACUGAUCACCACUCCAGUUUUUUCCUGAUUUUUUGGCUCUCUCGCACGUUCUUCAUUUGGGUUGCUUGGUCACGUUAUGACUUGUUGUGAUUCGAUAGUUUGAUGGGGAUCCUACGGAUUAUGAUGCCACCCAAGUUUCAGCUCCUGGCGCUGUUGGCGUUUGCGGUGGCGAUGCUCUUCCUGGAGAACCAAAUCCAGAAACUGGAGGAGUCCCGGGGAAAACUAGAGCUCGCCAUCGCCCGGCAUGAGGUGCGCGAGGUGGAGCAGCGGCACACGAUGGAUGGCUCCCGCGAGCUGGCGCUGGACGAGAGCGAUGACGUGGUGGUCAUCUACAACCGUGUGCCCAAGACCGCCAGCACGUCCUUCACCAACAUCGCCUACGACCUGUGCGGCAAGAACAAGUACCAUGUGCUGCACAUCAACACCACCAAGAACAACCCCGUCAUGUCGCUGCAGGACCAGGUGCGGUUCGUGAGGAAUGUGACGUCCUGGAGGGAGAUGAAGCCAGCGUUCUACCACGGACACGUGGCCUUUCUGGACUUCUCAAAGUUCGGGGUGAAGAGGAAGCCCAUCUACAUCAACGUGAUCAGGGACCCCAUCGAGCGGCUGGUGUCCUAUUACUACUUCCUGCGCUUCGGGGAUGACUACAGGCCAGGGCUGCGACGCAGGAAGCAGGGGGAUAAGAAGACCUUUGAUGAGUGCGUCUCAGCGGGGGGGUCAGACUGCGCCCCUGAGAAGCUCUGGCUCCAGAUCCCCUUCUUCUGUGGCCACUACUCAGAGUGUUGGAACACGGGGAGCCGAUGGGCGCUGGAGCAGGCCAAGUACAACCUGGUGAACGAGUACCUGCUGGUGGGCGUGACUGAGGAGCUGGAGGACUUCGUCAUGAUGCUGGAGGCCGCCCUGCCGCGCUACUUCAGGGGCGCCACGGAGCUGUACCGCACAGGUAAGAAGUCUCACCUGAGGAAGACGAGUGAGAAGAAGCCUCCCACCAAGGAGUCUAUUGCCAAGCUGCAGCAGUCGGACAUCUGGAAGAUGGAGAACGAGUUCUACGAGUUCGCGCUGGAACAGUUCCAGUUCGUCCGAGCCCACGCCGUGAGGGAGAAGGACGGCGAGCUCUAUCUCCUGGCCCAGAACUUCUUCUACGAGAAGAUCUACCCGAAAACGAACUAGAGGCGCGGCGACCGGACCGAGGGGAGGAGCAGAUCCAGAAAGACCGCACGUUUCGGCUCGAACCCGUCACCACACACACACUGGGGAGGAGGGAGGAGGGAGGAAGGAGAGGAACGCAUCUCAGACCAACCGGGCGGGGCCACUCCACACCCACAGUGAUUCUUCUGUGUGGGACUCCUUUAAAGAUGGUCCCCAGGCCCCAGUCCCUCCCCUGCCAACUUCGUUUUGACUAGCAGUCCACUGAGCGAGGCCGCACGCGCUUCCUGUCGCGAGCGAGGGUCAGCCGAACCUUCGCCAGCGAACAUCCCCCUCACGGCGUCCAGGUGCCUCCCUUUUUUUCGCCGUGACCCCUUCUUUCACUGCCAGGUGUGAGGUCACGGCCGUCCCAUGCAGGACACAGCGGCGGUGAGGGAGAAAGCGGUCACCGUCACUCCCCUGGAGAGAGGCGUUUCGGCAGCGGGAGUCUGGGAGUACAGUCGAUCCGCCUUCUUUGGCGCUGUCAUAGUUUUUGUCCAAUCAGAGGGUGUGUUUUUAUUCGUUGUUUUUUUUUUCUUGGUUUGUUCAUUUUUUAUAAACUUGGUCAUCAUGAUGUUUAGAAAUUUGCCACCCUCAUUUUAAAUAUGAACCGGGCAUAAUCCAAGGCACUAAGCAGCUAAACCCUUGGAUGCAAGGGGUGACUCCUAUGUUACGAUACUGUGGAGAAGGCGCGAUUGUUUUUCUCAUCGUUGGAGAAACCGAUGACGGGAGAGGCCCAGUCAGGAGCUUGACCGGUUGUGCCACAUGUUCAUUGCGUAGCUGACUGUUAAAACCACCCAUUUUGUUAACAGCUGUGGUACAGUACGUGGAAGGGAUUUUAGUUUUUCUGCAUCUUGUACACUUUUACCCGUAGGAGUACUUUUGCUAGGAUGCUUUGUAAUGUGUUAACAGGCGUUGUAACUGAAACAGCUGCUGUGUAUACCGCGUAUUUUCUGUAUU